AUGGCAGUGGCAGCCAGGAAAGGCAGAGUGACAGCCUCCCCGCUCACCAGCAGCCCUAUGGCCAUCGCCACCAUGGCUCAACUGGGCUUCCUGGGCAGCAGGCUUAGCCGGAUCCCACUACCCAAAUGGGCUCUCAUCACCGUGAUUGUGGCAGUGGCCGUUCUCUUCCUCCUCUUCCUCAUCUGCAUCAUCAGGUGCUGCUGUUGCAAGAAGAAGCCCAAGAAGAAGGAGAGAGUCAGCUUGCACGCCAUCAGCAGCUCCACCACGGCCAGUCUCGUCCAGCCUGAGAUGGAGGACCUGGAGCAAGAUAUGGAGCAGAUGGUGCGAGGAAAGCUGCAGUACUGCCUGGAAUACAACUUCCGCACACAGGAGCUGAGAGUCAGCGUGAAGCAGGCAGCGGAGCUGAAGGCCAUGGACAGUGGAGGCACAUCCGAUCCAUACGUGGUCGUGUACCUAACAUCCGACACAAAGAAGAAGUAUGAGACCAAGGUUUACCGCAAGACCCUGAACCCUGUCUUCAAUGAGAGCUUCACUUUUCAGGUACCCCAUGCAGAGGUGCCUGAAUCCACACUGGUGAUGCAGGUCUACGACUUUAACCGCUUUUCCAAGCACGACAUCAUUGGUGAGGUCCGCCUGCCUCUGGCCAGCGUCAGCCUGCAGCACAUCAUCGAGCAGUGGAGCGACCUGGCAGUGGCCAGUAAAGUGGAGGAAGAGCAGCUGGGUGAGAUCUGCUUCUCGCUGCGCUAUGUUCCCAGCACUGGCAAGCUGACAGUGCUCAUCCUGGAAGCCAAGAAGCUGAAGCGGAUGGACUCCCAUGGGCUCUCAGAUCCUUUUGUCAAGGUGCAUCUCAUCCUGAACAGGAAGAAAUGGAAGAAGAAGACGACAAGUGUGAAGAAAAACACGUUAAGCCCUUACUUCAAUGAGGUGUUUGUUUUUGAGGUGCCUUUCAAUCAGAUCCAGAACGUGGACGUGGUCAUCUCCGUCUGGGAUCACGACAAAGUGACCAAGAACGAGCCCAUUGGCAAACUCUUUCUAGGCUGCCGUGCGACGGGCAACCAGCUGCGGCACUGGUCCGACAUGCUGUCCAGCCCACGCAGGCCCCUUGCCCAGUGGCACAGCCUGCAGCCCCCCGAUGUGGUUGACAAAGCCCUGGGGCUGAAGUCCCAUCUCAAGCUGCCCCUGCCCCACAGAUAG